GGAGCUACGGAGUGGGCAGCGCGGGCGCUAGUGACGCUCGCUGCAUUCCCCGGGGUGGGGGGCGGGUGUCCCGAGGCCGGGGCACUUUGGGCCCCAUGGCGAGCUUCCCCGCCCGCGGCGGUGGCGGCGGCGGCGGCGUCCCCCCGCUGCUGCUGCUGCUGCUGCUCCGGCGCGCGCGCGGCUGCUCCUCCCAGUGGGCUCUGGCCGCGGCCCGCUCCCCGCUGCUGGGGCGUCCGCGCUGCUGCAGCGGCGGUCCCAGCGCCGCCCCCGGGCCGCCGCCGUCCCUGGGGCAGGCAGCGCGGCUCGCGCGGCUCCUGGGGCUCCGCGCCGGGCCCUCCGGCAGCCGCAGGUGCAGGUCGACCGGCGCGGGAGACAGGCCGGCUCAGAGAGCCGCUGCUGCCCGGGUCGGGAGCGAGGGCUCGGCCACUGUCGCGGCGGGAAGUGGCGGCGACGUCCGCGACAAUUCUCCGCAGCCGGCCGCCGGCCGAUCCGAGGCCAAGAAGCUCCUGGGCUUGGCGUAUCCCGAGCGCUGGAGGUUAACAGCUGCAGUUGGAUUCCUGACUGUGUCCAGCGUCGUUACCAUGUCAGCUCCCUUCUUCCUGGGAAAGAUUAUCGAUGUCAUUUAUACAAAUCCUACUGGGGACUAUGUAAACAACCUGACCCACCUCUGCGUCCUUCUGAGUGGAGUGUUUUUGUGUGGUGCUGCUGCUAACUCAGUUCGUGUCUACCUCAUGCAGACUUCAGGCCAGCGCAUCGUGAAUAGAUUGAGAGGGAACUUAUUCUCCUCUGUUCUAAAGCAAGAGGUUGCCUUUUUUGACAAGACCCGGACAGGAGAGCUGAUUAACCGCCUGUCCUCAGACACAGCACUUCUGGGGCGCUCAGUCACUGAAAAUCUCUCUGACGGGCUGAGGGCUGGAGCUCAGGCCUCAGUUGGCAUCGGAAUGAUGUUUUUUGUUUCUCCCAGUCUGGCUACAUUUGUUUUGGGUGUGGUGCCUCCUAUAUCUAUCCUAGCAGUGAUUUAUGGACGGUAUUUACGAAAAUUAACCCAGAUGACUCAGGAUUCCCUUGCACAGGCCACACAGCUAGCUGAAGAACGGAUUGGAAACAUAAGAACUGUCCGAGCUUUUGGGAAAGAACUGAAUGAAAUAGAGAAAUACACCAGCAAAGUGGAUCAUGUGAUGCAAUUAGCAAAGAAAGAGGCAUUUGCUCGGGCAGGCUUCUUUGGAGCAACAGGAUUUUCUGGGAAUCUGAUUAUACUUUCUGUCCUCUACAAAGGUGGAUUGCUGAUGGGCAGUGCCCACAUGACAGUGGGUGAACUCUCUUCCUUCCUAAUGUAUGCUUUCUGGGUUGGAAUAAGCAUUAGUGGCCUGAGUUCUUUCUAUUCAGAGAUGAUGAAAGGCCUAGGUGCUGGAGGACGCCUCUGGGAGCUCCUUGAGAGAAAGCCAGUACUCCCUUUUAAUGAGGGUACUUUAUUAGAUGAAGAAACUUUCCAGGGCGCUCUAGAGUUCAAAGGAGUAGAUUUUGCUUAUCCGGCUCGCCCAGAGGUGAAGAUUUUUCAAGAUUUUAGCCUUUCAAUUCCAUCUGGAUCUGUCACAGCACUGGUUGGCCCAAGUGGUUCAGGGAAAUCCACAGUGGUAUCACUUUUAUUAAGGCUAUACGAUCCUGUCUCUGGAAAUAUCACUGUCGAUGGUUGGGACAUCCGUCAGUUAAAUCCGGUCUGGCUGAGAUCUAAGAUUGGGACAGUGAGCCAGGAGCCGAUUCUGUUCUCUUGCUCAAUUGCUGAAAACAUUGCGUAUGGUGCGGACAACCCUUCCCUGAUGACUCGUGAAGAGAUCCAGAAAGUUGCUGACAUAGCUAAUGCUGCUACUUUCAUCAACAAUUUUCCCCAAGGCUUCGAUACUGUGGUUGGGGAAAAGGGUGUUCUGCUUUCAGGUGGGCAGAAACAACGCAUUGCAAUUGCUCGUGCUCUGCUGAAGAAUCCCAAAAUUCUUCUACUGGAUGAAGCAACCAGUGCACUGGAUGCUGAAAAUGAGUAUCUUGUACAAGAAGCUCUUGAUCGAUUAAUGGAAGGAAGGACCGUAUUGAUUAUUGCCCAUCGUCUGUCUACCAUUAAAAAUGCUAACAUGGUUGCUGUUCUUGAUCAAGGAAAAAUCACUGAAUGUGGAAAACAUGAAGAACUUCUUUCAAAUCCAGAUGGGCUGUAUAGAAAAUUAAUGAAAAAGCAGAGCUCUAUGUCAGCAUAAUGAAAUGUACAAUAUGAAGUAAAUCUAUGCCAGAGAUUUUAAAACAAAGCAACAGACCGGGGUUAAAAAAAGCUUGGAGGAUAUGUAUGAAGUCUAUAAUUUAAGCUUCAAGUUAUUUGAAACAUAUAUUUUUGCAAAGUGUACAAAAUACUGUUUUGAAACUUAACUGUGUUCAAAACCUUUUUAUUCAGAGUUUUAAUAAUUAUUGUAACUUUCUAAAUGUUUAAACCACCAAAACUACUUUAAGGUUUUAUAUAAUUUCUUUUGUGUUGUUAUAUACUAGAAUAUAGUGUAGCAUAUAGUUUUCUUUUGUCUCUUGGUAUAUACGUUGGAAACAUUGUCAAAUGACAGUUUUUUAAAGGGAAAUUAAAUUUAAAAGCCUGAUUACUAUAGGCCAGUUUAGCUUUCUAUGUAAUUCCCUUAGGAUGUUCGUUUGCUUUGUGGUCCAGUUGCUUUCUUGGGAGAGCUACGUAAAAUGAGAAUGCAGCCCUUUUAAAAACAUUAUUUUAUUGAUUCUUUUUCCUUUUUAUAUAACUGUUCAUUCUCAGUGAUUACUCCCGCCUCCAGUAGACCUCUUCCCUUGUAAGAAUGUACACUUAAGCAAAACAAAUCCAUACAUUGGCCAUGACUGAUAAAAUAUGCCUCGUUUUGUUUUUAACCUAGAAUUUCCUCCCCACUUUUUUUUUUUUAACCAAGAUGGCAGAGGCAGGGUACAUUCAGUAUUGUUUCCCUUUUUCAUUACUGGGUCAUUGUAUUAACUGUAUGUGCUAAGCCUUACUACAUAAUUUUAAGAAUUAUAUAUAAAAUUAGAAACUUUAAGGGGUAAGGGGUAAAUUGAUAUUGAGUCACAUUCUUCUCUGGUUUGAAGGGUUUGUGAAUUAUUUGGAAGUACCUGGGGAAUAACUGAUGAGGUGAUAUUUGUUUUUAACAACUUUGUGCUAUUCUAGAGAGCUUCAGAAUAGGGGAGACUCAUUUUAUAUAUUUUUACUGAAUACAUGUAUGUAAUAGUAGGAAUGCUUUGGGAAACAAGAGAAGAGGUGCCACCUAGCGUCAGUUCUCCACUUGAUGUCAUGCAAUGAAUUUUACUUAUGUGGAGGUUGAACGCUUGGUGAAUAACAUAAAAAGCGGGUAAUUUCUCAGGCAAACCAAAAUUUUCAACUUUGUAUACACUGGCUAAAUUUCCUUGAAUUUAAGGCUGACAUAUUGAGAUUUCCAACCUUGAAACAUUUGGAAUCUUUUAUUAUUAGCGUCUUUUAUAAGACAAAAACAGUAAUUACAAUUAAAAGCUAAUCACUGUUGAAUGUAAAACUUAAAAAGCAUAUUUUUCUUUCAUUCAUAGCAGUAAUCUUAUAUCUCAAAUUCCUAAAAACAAGGCUGAAAACCUUUGAACUUGUUUUCCAUAUCAGUACCAUUAAUUUUCACGUUGCCUCAAAACAUGUGCUUUUUGUAUUCAUUUUAAGUUGAUAACUAGGAAGUGAUUUUUUUAAAAUGAAGAUUUUCCCUUAUGCUAGGUCUUCAUUAAUUUUCUGGUUGCACUGGAAGGCUGCAUCUGUGAGAGAGAGGGAGAGAGAGUGUGAGAGUGAGAGUUUGUGUGUGAACAAAAGAAACAAAAGCAUCAAGUAUUACAUUUUAUUUCCACAUAAGGGAAUUUAUUAAUAAAUCACCGUAUAUUCUGGAUCAGCAAAAAAAAAGUACAUCUAUGACAAUCACUUUAAAAGAUUUACCUGUAUUCUUUAUUUUAUAUGUAUCAUUACUUUGGUCCUGCAAAAGAAAAAAAUUAAGCACAAUUAAAAAGCUAAAUCUCCUCAUGCCAUACAGAUAUUUCCAAAUGUGAUUACUAUAUUUUAUUUUCUAGCAUUGCCCUAUUCAGGUUUUUUUUCCUGUAAACUUUUGUAUCAUGGAUUAAAAUUUAUAACUAUUAA